AGCUUCCCGCAGCGCCACAGAACGAAGUGGAGCCCCAGCCGGCUUUGGAGCCGCUCCCGCUGCUGCUCCUGCCGCCGCCGUCGCCGCCGCCGCCGCCCUGAGCACCUUUCCAGAGCGGGGGCACUGAUGGGCAUCGCCGCACUGCCACAGCUGCCUCGGAUCCGAUCCACCGCCUGGGCUCUCGCUGCCGCUUGCUUGCCUUCGCCGGAGGCGCCCCCUGCGAGCGGUGGUAUCGCACUGUAAGAUGUAGAAUGCUCCCGGUGUCGAGACCCAAGCGGCAGCAGCCUCUCCUGUGGCCCGGGAAUGCGGAGCCCGCGGCGCCUCCGUGGAUUUGGAUGGUCCCGAGCGCAGCCGGGCUUCUUCGGCUCGGAGGUGCCGCUGGGGUGGUGCCCCCUCCUCUGCUGCUCUCCUCGGCUCCCCAUCCUCCUCCGCCGCCUCCGCCGCCGCCUGCCCCGCUGCUCCAGGGGGUUUCGGGCUGGCAACUUCCCUGCGAUCCUUUUCUGCCUUUGAUGGCCCCGGAACACCAUUCCGCCGUUCAUCAGCUUCCCUUCCUGAACGGACAGUGGCUGUUUGGCGGUCAUUCCCCAGUCAUUGGAUUUUCACCUUCUUCGUGUGUGGAGUUUGUUCCUCUUUUUCCACAUGUGUAUGCAACUACUGCUCCACCCCAUUCUGGGAAAAGCUGGAUAGAAAAGAGGCUACCAAAUUGCAAGAUCUAUUUAAACAAUGCAUUCAAUCUGGAUUCAACAUGGAUGCAUCCUGAGGAGCUACGAAUCUUCCAGGGACACGAGAAGCCUCUGGUUAUGGCAAAUCAAGUAGCUGUGGCUUUAUCUAGGCCAGCUGCUGCCCCCAGGCCACUCCCUGCAGUGGUGUUAACACCUCAGCCUAUUCCAGGUGGCUGCCUUAAACAAGCUGGAAGUAACCAGACAAUUGCAUUUGCUGCAGCCAUGGUGUCCGUAGAUGCAGAUGCUCCUCAGGGACCAUCAACCAGUGUCCAGCCAUGCCACAUGCUGACUUUGUCGCCAAUCAAAAUACCAGUUUUGACAUCACCUUUCCCAGGUGCUGCUUCUAGAAUGGAUACUCGCGUGACUCCUCUGAGGCCAACUCAAGUCACCAGGGUAGCGGCUAUCUCUUCACCAGCUGUGACGUUCAUGGCAACCAAUUUGGUGGAUCAGACAUUAACAGAUAAAAGCAAAGAAUCAAACAGGACUUCCUGCCCAACAACCCUCAUUUUACAUACUGACAUGAAAAAUAAGCCAACAGAGAAUGAAGAAGGGAAGAACCACUCUCUAAAGCUGCUCCCAGAAGAUGACAAUGCUGCAGAUGGCAACAAGCCCGUGGCAUCCACUCCUGUACCUGGAUCUCCAUGGUGUAUAGUCUGGACUGGAGAUGACCGGGUCUUCUUCUUCAACCCUACAAUGCAGUUGUCAGUAUGGGAGAAACCCGUGGAUCUAAAGAAUCGUGGUGAUAUUAACAGAAUCAUUGAAGACCCACCUCAUAAACGCAAACUGGAAACUUCAGCAACAGAUAAAAGUAAUGGCUCUUAUCUAGAGGAGAUAAAUGAUGACCACAGUACCAAAACGAAAAGAAAUAAGCUGGAAGAUCCUCCGACUGCUGAGCAAGACAGGGCUGAAGUGGAGGGAAAAAAUGAGAAAGCAUCAGAACACCAGAUUAUACUUCCAUUGGAAGAACGUAUUACCCAUUUUCGAGACAUGCUUCUGGAAAGAGGGGUCUCUGCGUUUUCCACAUGGGAGAAAGAGUUACACAAAAUCGUGUUUGAUCCACGCUACCUUCUACUUAACUCAGAAGAACGUAAACAGAUAUUUGAACAGUUUGUCAAGACCAGAAUAAGAGAGGAAUACAAGGAAAAGAAGAAUAAAUUAUUACUAGCCAAAGAGGAAUUUAAAAAGCUGCUGGAGGAAUCUAAAUUGUCACCAAGGACAACAUUUAAGGAGUUCGCAGAAAAAUAUGGCAGAGAUCAGCGAUUUCGACUCGUACAGAAGAAAAAAGACCAAGAGCAUUUUUUCAACCAGUUCAUACUUAUUCUUAAAAAAAGGGACAAAGAGAACAGAAUACGGCUACGGAAAAUGAGAUAAAAAAUGGAAAUCUGCAAUAAGAACGCAAGUCAAAUACUGUGCCAUCUACAGUGAAGCAAGUGAAGGGCAUGUGUUUUGUGUCAUCUUUUGAGUUUCAAAUCCCAGCAAUUUAAAGAAAAGCCAGAUAACCCGAAGAGCCACCUCUGCACCAGAAGGUUCGAUGAAAGCACGUUAAGUUUGAGGCUGUACUUCAGGAAUCUGUAGGGUAUUUCAUUCUCAGAGACUUAAUGUUUCAUAUUGAAGCUCUCUUUUGUACAACAUUCAAGUUUGAUGCAUUUCUAAUUACCAUGAUAUGUCAAUCCCUUAAUUGUUUUAAUUAUGCAAAUUACUUGUAAUAUACACAAAUUCUAAAUCCAAUGUGAUUUGUAAUUAAGCAGAAACAGAUGCCAUCCAUAACAAUAUUAAGAUUUUUUUUAACCAUGUAAGGAAAUAAUUUAAGGCUGUGAUCCUAUGGACACUUAUUUCUGAGUAAGUCCUAUUCAACUCAGUGGAACUUACUUUUGAAUAAACACACUUAGGAUUGCAUUGUGAUGCACAGCGAUUUUUGGCAGCUUUGUACAUUAGACAUAAAUGGUUCAAAGGUCCAGUGGUACUGAGGAUAUCAUUACUCAAUGUUCAUAGGUCUGAGUCUAGUUUUCCGAGUAGUAGUAGUAAUAGGGUAUUAAUUGUUAAUCAUAGUGAUGAGUGUGAAAAUCUUGGCACCUUUCCUGUAGAACAAUGUAUAAAUCUUUUUAAACAAUGGCUUUGUAAGUAAAUUAUUCUGGAUGGUGCUCCAAGCACACUGAAAAGAGCAGCACUUCUCUAUGAAAAACUACUAUAAAGAAGUUAUUUUGUAAACCCAUCCUACUAAUAUUUGAGUUAUUUUUAUUGUAUGCGGAGAGUUUGCAUGAGAUUUGUCUCAUCUUUGUAUAAACAAAUAUUUUAACUUUUUUUUAAUUAAUAAAUAUUUUAAGACUA